CCGCAGUGUUUAGUAUCUUUUCGUAUCUAUUGGGCUGCACAGGUGCCGGGCAGCCCACCUAACUAAUAAGCACUGAGCGAGCAAUAACCGCCGUCGUCAUCGGUGUGUUUUAGCCGUGAAAUUUUGUUCGUCCCUCAAACCAGUGCAAUACUCCACGGUUGCAGACUUUGAUAUCAACGAUUUUUGUUAUCGCUGAAUCUCGGUGGCGAUCCAAUUCAAACGAGAGGUGUGAAAGAAGUGCAAUAGUUUAAUAUUCAUUCCGAAUGUGUGCCAACUUCUAAGGUGUUAAGAAGCCAUAAAACAAGUGUUUUGACAGUGUUUGAAGAAGAUUUACGACUGUGAUAGAACUGAUUGCUGGCGUACUCACGUUCUACAAACUCUAACGAAACAAGUAGAAUGCAAAGUCUAACGAAGUGUGCCUCCUCGCAGAAGCAGCAGCCUCAGCGCCGGCGAAGUCUACGGAGUUUACCAUCCCGGUUUGGUCACCGAUCAAGCAUGCAAGUGACAACAGAUUGGUGCUACUGCCAUGUGAUAUUGAUCUCCAUAGGGUUGCUUUUAUCGUUCGGUAGCGAUGCAAAUGCACAACUCACAAGGAGAUUUCCGGACGAUUUCCGGUUUGGUGUGGGUUCUUCCUCGUACCAGAUUGAGGGCGGAUGGAACGAGGGUGGCAAGGGCGAGUCAAUCUGGGAUCGCUUGACCCACCAGUUUGCGAAUAAAAUCGAAGAUGGUAGUAAUGGAGACAUCAGUGCCAAUAGUUAUCACCAGUGGCGGCGUGACGUUGAGAUGGUACGUGAACUCGGUGUCGACGUUUACCGGUUUUCGUUGUCCUGGCCUCGAAUUCUUCCGAGCGGGUUCGUAAACAGUGUCAGCAAAAAUGGCAUUCGGUACUACGGCAGAUUGAUUGACGAGUUGCACAAGUACAACAUUACGCCGAUGGUGACGCUUUAUCAUUGGGAUCUGCCACAGCGGCUCCAGGAGCUGGGUGGCUGGACCAACCCGGAACUGAUUGGCUAUUUCAAGGAUUAUGCGCGAGUUGUGUUCGAGCAAUUUGGAGAUCGUGUGAAAAUCUGGACCACUUUUAACGAGCCAUGGCACGUUUGCGAGCAAGCUUACGGGAUUGAUUUUAUGGCACCAGCUAUGGAUUUCCCAGGGAUUCCCACAUAUCUUUGCGGACACAACCUGUUGAAAGCCCAUGCGGAAGUGGUUCACAUGUAUAGGAGACGAUUCCAGCCCAAGCAGCAUGGUUCGAUUGGAAUUACAACUGAUAUUUCUUGGCCGGAGCCUAUGACCAACAGUGAUACCGAUAAAGCGGCUUCAGAGCAAUCGUUGCAGUUUUACAUUGGAUGGUUUGCUCACCCGAUAUUCUCCGAAACUGGCGACUACCCUCAGAUUAUGAUCGAUCGAGUAGCAGCGCUCAGCAAGCAGCAAGGCUACUCAAAAUCCAGGUUACCGACAUUUACGCAAGAAGAAGUAGACAUGAUCAGAGGAACAUCCGAUUUCUUUGGUAUCAAUUCGUACACAACGGUGCUGGUGAGGAAAAAUGAUCGAAAUAAUUCGGCCAACUAUCCGGUGCCAUCGUUUAACCAUGACAUGGGAGUGGUGGAGACCAGUGAUCCAAAUUGGCCCAAAAGCGGCUCUGUUUGGUUGCAUGUGGUACCAACGGGAAUGAACAAGUUGCUGAACUGGAUUCGACGCGAGUACAAUAAUCCACCUAUUUACGUUACGGAGAAUGGCGUUAGUGACCGGGGCGGCACCCACGAUGUCAAGCGAAUUGACUACUUCAACUCCUACCUGGAAGCUGUGCUGGAUGCCAUUGAGGACGGGUGCAAUGUACAGAUGUACAUAGCCUGGAGCCUGAUGGAUAGUUUCGAGUGGAAGGCUGGUUAUACUGAGAAAUUUGGACUGUAUCAUGUGGACUUUUCGAGUCCUAACCGAACGAGAACCCCAAAAGCUUCGGCUAAGGUUUAUGCAAAGAUUGCGCGAACUCAUAGGAUCGAUUGGAGCUACCGGCCAGCGCCGGAGGUCAUUAUCAGAGCGCCAUCGGCCUAUCGGUCAAAUAGCAGUAUUAGGGUCCCUGUGAUAUACUUGACGCUGGCAAUGGUGGGAAUUGCACUGAAACUGAUUUACAGCAAAUAAGUAAUUUGAGUCGGAGAAUCUCAUCUGUGCCUGCGACAGUAUUUGACAUGUUUUUUAACUAGCUGUACAUAUUUAUGUGUAUUUUUUUUAUCUCCAAUAAAAAUACAUUUUUUAUAGAA